AUGCGGCAAAAACUCGCUCUACUGGAUCUUCCUAUUGAGCUGCUGCAGGAAUGCAUACUCUAUCUAUCGCUUGUUGAUCUAAUUGCCUGUCGAAAUACCGGGAAUCGUGUCUUGCGAAAGCUCCUCGCUGGGUCAGUGGCAAUCCAGUACAAGAUGCACCAGGAACGCGCAGGCGUCAACGAAAACCCAAACUCGAGGGAGAUCCGCGGGCUUACCACCUCAGAACGACUAGUCUCGCUGCUCGCUCGGGAGCGGAACUGGUUCGACAUUACCCCGUUGAAUGGUCGUGGUUACAGACUCAAAAUGCCGGAUCCUGAGGGAGCGUGGUUGUAUAAACUUCUCCCAGAUGGGAUCCUCAUCGUUGACGGGCAAGUCCCCAACUCGCUUCCCGGUCAUUGCACCAGCGUCAAGUAUACUCCGCUUGCAUUGUCAGGUGGACUGGCCCGUUCACAGUCCGAGCCUACUCCCAUUGCUGUAGAGACCAACUUGGAGCCCUGGACUACCCUAUUCUCCGGCAAGCAAAUCGUUGGAUUAGCAACUUACCCAGGGGAGGAACUUGUCGCUGUGGCUACCUCCACACCGCCUUCCACGCACUCUUCCCUUUUUUCUCUGGAUAUUCACCUGAUCGAAAUGCCUAUGGGGAGACCUCAUUCAAAUGCCACCGAAUCCAUCCUGAAUCUUGCGUGUUCCUCCAUUCAUUACCUCGAAUCCCUUGCCCAGAUCGAGAUUGUGGGCUCCACGCUAGCAGUUGCGUUAGAAUUCGAAAUCGUUCCUGGGCCACAGACCGAUUUGCGACACUUGUCCCUCAAGCAAGAGCUACACAUAAUGAACUGGAAGUCGGGACGAUCACUUAUAAAGCCAUUUGACUGUGGUAGUAUCGCUCCAGUUUUUCUCCGACCCGACGUCGUCAUGAUUCCCCAUGCAGGUUUGAAUCAGCUGCAGGUGUUUCGCCUUGACCUCGACUGCGACGAGCCCGCUAGCCUCGACCGAUAUAACACCAACUUCGUCUCCUUUGCCUUGCCAUCCCUUGCCUCAGGUGUUUCGAUUGUCAGGGACAGCUUCAAGUCGUACAGCGCACCGCCACCGCAACAAGAGCCGAGGCCGGUCUCUGGUGUCCAGGAGCCAUUCUCGUCCAGAGCUGAUACAUGCCUGGUCAAUUGCCACUACCAGACUUUCCAGACGCGGACGGACUUCUAUGACGACGACGAGGACAACGUUCAUUGGCAUGAAUUUACCGAAGUUACAGACCACUGUUUUGUCGUCCGGAGAGCAUCACUGCUCGACAUAUUCAGCUCUAGCGUUGUUCGUGCAAGAGAUCUCGUGGUUGCGUGGGAGCGCUGGGGUCCCGGCUGUUUGCGUUUUCUAGACUUCGCAGCGGGCCAAGGUGCUGGACAGAGACUAAUCGGUCUUGCUCCUCGAGCACGAGGUGAUUACUCUCACGGCCGGUACCUGCAAAUACUCGAUUUUAAUCCGUGGAAUCACAAGAAGCCAGUGCCCGACUCUGACUCAGACUCAAAAUCUUCAAACCGCUCGAGGCUUGUAGGCGAGAAAGGAGCAUGCCUCGCGUCAUUCUCUGCGUUCACGAGCCCCCCGAUGUCAUCGACUUUGCCAUACACCGAAGUCACAUCUGCGCAGGCCUACGACUUCGACGAGGUGAGGUUGUCGGAUUCGUGUAUCCUGGGUCUUCGGAAGCACGGCGAGCUCGGUGGUAUCAGGGAAAUCCAUAUCUUACAUUUGGGUUGA